CCAUUUUUAUUACCCAACAGGAUUGGUCUUUACUUGUUACUAAAAUGGACAGUAACAGUCCGGAUGCAUUUUCAGGAUCUGUUGACACUAGCAAACCGCUCGAUGCAGCAUCACUCUACACCCAUUACAAUGCAUAUUACACAUCCUUGGGAGUCGAUACAGCGACUGCCGCUUACUAUGCUGCCAUGUACGCUGCAGAAUAUUCUGCAGCAAUGUCGCAAUAUGCUAAACCACUUGUUUCGGCAUCUGCCAAGUCAUCCACAGAUGCCUCUGGAUCAGGAACAAUAGGGAAGCAUGAUGAUGCAAAAACAGAUGCUGCCACUAUCAGCAAUAAAAACAACUCAUCAACUCCUUUUCCAGAAGGACAUCCUGCCAACACUGAAUCGAAUAAUGGUGUUCCUUAUCCAGUUGGCUACACUCCAAACAAAUCCAAACAAACAGGAUCAUCUGCAACAAUCCAGGUUCGAUCUAAACGAGAUGCAACCAAACUAUCAACGGGAGUUGCACCCAAGUCAGCUACUACAGCCGCCAUUUCUGUUGGUAAAUCUAAUCCUACCUCUGCAACUCAUAUAUCUGCAUCCGCCCAGUCAACCGCCGAUACAGUCCGACUGGAUCCUAUUCAAUCGACAAAAAGGCAAAAACGACUCACAAUGAGAGUGGCUGGUGGUAAGGUGUGGUCUGACCCGACUAUGCUUGAGUGGGAUGAGAACGACUACCGACUUUUUUGUGGAGAUAUUGGAAACGAAGUAUCCGAUGAUCUACUGACAAAAUCGUUUAGCAAAUAUCCAUCAAUGCUCCGUGCACAUGUUGUUCGGGAUAAAAACAAUCAGAGUAAAGGAUUUGGGUUUGUUAGUUUUAAAGAUCCAGAAGACUUUGUCAAGGCCAUGCGGGAGAUGAACGGCAAAUAUGUGGGAAACCGGCCAAUUAAGUUGAGAAAGUCGACUUGGAAAGACAGAGUGGGCGAUAACAAAAACCUGAAGCGAUUGGCUGGCUUUUCCAAUGUGCUUUCUAAGAAAUAAACUGCAGUCUAAUGUCGA